CAAAACGCUGCUGCUACUGGUCCCGCCGCAGCUGGGCCUGCUGCCGCUUGACUUAUCGUGACUGACUGUGUGACGCCCGCGCCUCUUCGACUUCAACCUAUUGCGCCUUUGACGCCUGCCAUCGCGUUGCCACCCUAACCUAAGCUAACGGCUAGCGGACGUUCGCGUGCGCAAGACUCGCGGACGUAGCUCAGCGCAUCUAGAUUGACACGGUGGUGGCGACGACGCUAGCCACCGAUUCCCCGUCCCGACCUCAUUGCCACCGUCGCGAACGACCAAGGACCAGGCGAACGUACGCAACAACCGAAAUACCAAGGUCCGCUGUUCCACUACUUGGACGCUGCCAUCCCGACCGAUAAAACGGCCUAAGGUUUGAUGACGGCAGCAGUGGUCUAACGUGGUGGGAAGACAUUUCAGACAAUCGAGCCGAAUAAGCAGAAGAACGGAAACAAGUGACCGUUUCAUAGUCUCUCAAACCAUUUUCAGUGCAGGCGGGCACAGAAAUACACUAUUAUUGAUUUGCACGUAUAACUGUUACUAUCGAUCGUGAGCUGACGUGUCAUUCACCAGUGGUGCGUGCGAUCUAUAGCAGUUUGGGCGGUACGAAGUCGUCCAAACAGAACAGGCAGGAUGCUCUGUUGUUAAUCGAACUUCUUGAAACACUAUAGGACAAUUAACAGAAAGCAAAGACGGGAAAAUCCCGUGUCCAGUGCCUUUGUUCGUUUUCCAAGAAGGUUAAAGCGCGGUGUAUUCCUCUUCAACGUUCCAAAGCUCAGCGUACGUUUUUCUGUGUGUCAAAGUGAAAUUUGUAAGUGCUGUUCUUGUGAUUUCGCUUCAGAUUCUUAUUCGUAAGCUCAGUCGACCACAACGACUUAAUAUGUAAUGGAGCCGAUGCGAGUCAAUGAUUCUAUGGGCGAAGUAUAAAAAGACUGGAACGUGAUCAGUUGUGUUGUUUUGAAGUGGAGGUGGUGUUAACCUCUCCUGGGGUGGCGGUACGAUCGGAACGUCGGUCGCCCCUGCCCUGAAAACGAUGGGCCCGUGACUGCAAACCCCAAAUGUGGACUGACCUUUGUAGUGUGCAGUGUAUAUAGUCUGUACAUAGACCGUACAUAAUAUGACCUAGAGAAAGACGAGAUAUAGACAUUUAUCUUCAUCGCGUUCAUUAUCUUCAGAAACUAGCCUCACUGGUCAUCCGAAAAAUACAACAACAUUAUUGCGACAGACAAAGCAACAUCACCGUCAUCAUUGAAUACAAUUCAUUGAUUACAGGCACGGCUUAUUACGCUGCUACCUUUACUUUUCAUUGUACAUCAUCCUUUACAAUCGCUAAUCAACCCCUAUUCCACCAGCUACGCUAUUAUUACCACAAUAACAAUUCACCUGUACAAAUUGCCAUAACAUCCUGUUUUCCUACUCGUGUGUACGUCACGGUAAACAAGAGAAAACGGAGACAAAAUAGCCAUUCUACUUCGGGGAACAAUAGCGCCAGGAAAAUCAUCAAAAAAAAUACAGCCCAAAUCAGACCUGAUCAAUCGAUGGACGAUCUGCUCUAGCAAGCACAGCAGAGAGUACUGCUCUCCAUUGCUGCAAACAAUACUAAUAUAGCACAAUAACAAUAACAGCAACAACAACAACAAGGGCAACAACUUAUGCGACGAUUUCGUCAUAGUAGUCGGCGUUCGAUCACGACCAGAUUAACCCUUCCUAAUCUUCGGUGACAUCAGCAUCGUUGAACCCUACGGGGCUGCAACCAUUACGUCAGCAUCAACUCUUAAAGACAGUUGCGGUUAAAUGCGUUAAAAUGGAAGCGUCACUUGUUCUUCCGCACAGUAAAGAUAUCUACAAAGGCUGCCACGUUUCAUCCGGCACACACCUGAUCGGUCCCACCGAGCCUGGGCACAGUGGCAUCAACCAGCUGGGCGGUGUGUACGUGAACGGUCGACCUCUCCCGGACUCGACGCGUCAAAAGAUCGUCGAGCUUGCCCACAGUGGCGCUCGGCCCUGUGACAUCUCACGCAUCCUGCAGGUCUCCAAUGGAUGUGUCUCCAAGAUCCUCGGACGGUACUACGAAACGGGCUCGAUCCGGCCGCGUGCGAUCGGCGGCUCGAAGCCGCGCGUGGCGACGCCCGAUGUGGUUAACAAGAUUGCCGAUUACAAGCGUGAGUGCCCGUCUAUCUUCGCCUGGGAGAUCCGUGACCGAUUGCUUUCUGAGGGCGUCUGUAACAAUGACAACGUUCCGUCCGUUUCGUCAAUCAACCGCGUUUUGCGCAACAUCGCCGCGCAGAAGGAGCAGCAUAGCACGUCUGGCAGCCCCAAUGCAACGUUGGGCAGCGCCGAUGUCGCUUGCGCGGCCAGUCCAACGAACGUCUGCGAUAAGUUGCGCAUGCUCAACGGAAGCUCGUGGCCACCGACGACCCAUAAUCCGUGGUAUCAUCCCGGUAAUGGGGGUCUGUUCGGUGGACUCACAGCGACUGCCGCCCCAUCGGCUGGCUACAACCCGACGCAUGCGGGUGGUCACGGGGCACACAGCGGCCAUCUUUCACCCGCACCAAAACAUAGUCCACUCCCGCUGCAGACAUCGGUAGCGCCGCCGACGGCGUUGCCAGGCAGCCUGCACAGCGUUCACCUCAACGGCGAUACGAAAAAAGGUAGAAACGCAGAAGACCUAUGCGAUAGCGAUCUGGACUGCGGCGGCUCGGCAGCGGGAGAUGCGAGCAGUUUGGACGGCGACUCACUUGGGUCGGCGGUUAGCGAUGAAGCCGCAGCGCGUCUUCGUCUCAAACGAAAGCUUCAGCGGAACCGUACUUCCUUCACGAUGGAUCAAAUCGACGCACUCGAAAAGGAAUUCGAAAGAACUCACUAUCCUGACGUGUUUGCUAGGGAGCGGUUAGCAGGCAAGAUUGACCUUCCCGAAGCAAGAAUUCAGGUGUGGUUUUCGAACCGACGAGCGAAGUGGCGACGUGAAGAGAAACUGCGGAACCAGCGGGGCCCCGAAGCGUCACCGGCUGCCAGCGCCGCUAGCGUGGCAAGCGCUGUCAGUCUGACGGAUCACGAACACGCGGCGGCCGAUUCGCCUCCGCUCGCAUUGAGCACAGCGGCCGCAACCGCUGCAGCCGCGACCGCAGGCAGUCCGCACAGCAGUCUCAUCAACAACAUGUCAAGCGUCUCGGUAUCGCUGUUAGCCGCUGCGCCUAGCGCCACAAAUGGACGCACCCCGAACUCGGCGCUGCAGACGGCACUUGAACCGUUAUCCGCUUCGCCGCCUCGCGGACCUGCUUCGGCGGGCCAACUCAAUCCGGCCACGGCUGGAGGCUUUGCUAAUCUCUACAACCAUCCGCACAUCGGUCACGAUAGCUAUGGUUCGAUCUCACAGUUCACGGCGUAUGGUAGUGGGCCAAUGGGCAAUGCUUGUUUGCAACAGAAUUCGUAUAUUACGGGGCACGGUCACCGAACCUACGACUCGCUCUACGGGUCAGUCCAACGCGGACACGGCCAACACGGCUCGUCCGGGUCUGUAGGCGCGCCCCAGUUUCCGUCCGUCAAUUCGCCGCCCUCUAACACUGCUAGCACAGGGGUGAUUUCCGCCGGCGUAUCAGUGCCCGUCCAAGUCCCGGGGGAAGCGAGCGAUCUCACGCCUGCCAGCUACUGGUCUCGUCUUCAAUAAAAUUUGAACUAUUAUAUAUGAUGAUGAGAUGCAGGCAACAACGACAACGAUGUCGACUCAAGUAAUCCUGAAAAAUACAGCUGCAACAAAGAAACUGUUGCAAACGUUGCAAGUAAACAUCGAAGCCAUUGGAAGCGCGCACGACGCUCGACGUCGUACGUGGAAUUACCAAGCGGCGGUCAGCACCGUGGCAGUUAACUUGCCAAUGAACGAAAUAAGGUAGCACGGCUUGUCAGAACAACAAGUAAUACCGAAACAGGGCUUUAGUAAUUAUUGUCGCUCAAGUUCAAGAAAAAUUGAUCGGAAAUACCAAUAACUGUGAAACUGGAAACGGAAAAGUUCGAAGCAUGAACAGUGCAAGGCUCGCUCUAUCGUAGGAUAAGCGUGAAGCCGAACCAGCUCCGCAGGUCAUUUUUUUGUUUCGAGCGGAACCAUGCAUGAACUAAGCAGUUGCAUGACCCGUAGCUAUGCCUCGUAUCCUCAAGUACUCCAACUGCUCUCUGAAUUUAGUCAUCGUAGCCCAAAUAGCAAGAGUGUGCUUCACGAUGUGGCAAAGUGUCAAAGCACGCUAUCGGUACGUGGACAGCUGACAAAUGAUGUAAAAGUAUCACCGAAUAUCACUGGUCUUGCUCGCCGCCAACAUGGCCUUUACGGUAUGCUGUAAUAAAAUGUGCGUCGUUUUACGUUGGCCGCGACGUAGUACUGUAUUUUCAGAACGAAUAAAAACGCGCCCGCAGUUCCCUUUAUAAAGCUUAGUGGGAAUGAGAUUCUUCGAGCGGCGAGGAAGCAUGCCGACCAAGUUAGCCGCUAUUCACGAGCGCUGCACUUCAUUAUUAACCAGAGUUAAGCUCGCGUGAUGGCUAUGAUUACCUCAAAAAUGUCUAUUCCCCUCAUUGGUUGCUUUUUUGCAAGCCCGUCCGCUAACGUAAUGCCCACGAAAUGACACGAACAGAACGCCCAAAGUAUCGCCUGCGUGGAGCGACCUUACAUUAAGUGUACGGCCGCUCUGUCAGUUAGAUUUUCCCGACCCCACCCAAACCCAAUCAUCGCACCCUUUAACCCCUUGCAACAAGAAAAAAACAAGCAGAAACCAAAUACGUCCAUGUACUUAAAUACAAACAACCAACUAAUUAAUUAUACGAAAGAACUAAUAAUGAGAGGGAGAGUUGCAAAAAAAUUAUAAUAAUAAUAAUAAUAUUAAUAAUGCUAAUAGUAAUAAUAAAAAUACCAGAAUAAGAAGGUGAUUAUGCAUACACACAGACAAACCAUGCUGACAUGAGCAUGUUAACAGGAUAAAAUAAUUAUAAUUAAAUUAAUUUAUAUUCUAUUUCUUCCUCUCGCUAAGUCAUCCUAGUGACAAGCGUGAAUGCCGUAUAUAAAUAUAUACGAAAAAUAUAUAAGUGUAAGCUCCCGCUGACACGGAGAAACAACACCUAAUGUUGGCGGCGAGAGAAAUCGUAUCGGUAGUUGCCCGAAAGUUUCCAAAGAAUGAAAGGCAGAAGCAGGUCGACUAUAGUCGACGUGUGAAAGCUAACAUACGUAACUCAACUGUACAUUACAUAAUACGUAAAGAACGAGAAUGAUUAAGUAACUCAGAACGAUGACAGACGCGGCUAAUUUCGAUAAUGAGCGAUAUGAAGAGAGAAAAUGGGAAACAAAUGAAAAUUUGAAUGUACGCGCGCGCGAAUCAUCGGCCUAGUCAAUGCAAGCAAAGCCCGCCAUGUUCAAAGAAAAUGAGGGUGAAGCUGUCGACCAGCACGACGGGAGAUAUCGCUGGUACUCGUGCAUAUAAGCAUAUAUCCAACUGCCUGUUCAUAUGGAGAACGCUUUACUUCUUUUCGCUAUCUACCAAGUUGGUUUACCUAGACCGCGUUCAUUAUAUAUACAUAUGUGAAACGGUGGCGAUAACGUUGUCAUAUUUCCCUAGUCACAUGUAUAGGUCUAACAAUAAUGAUACGGAGAUAGCUAAUAACAUCGAGGCUAAGCCGGGUACGUCCGCAAAGAUCAAAGUGUUGCCGGAUUAUGGCCGAGGAUUCGCGCGUCCACAAAUAUCGGAAUCGUGUCAGACGUAGGGGAACAAAGAUAGGAAAAGAAUGAAAUUCACAGUUAGCGCACGGCGUGUCUUAGGUGUCUUGUUUUUGGUUUGGUCUGUGCAAAUCUCAUGAACAUUAAGGGAUAGAGAAAAGUUAGAAAGCGGCUAAUUAUACUGAUGUCGAUUGAUGACAUUAAACGGGAGUACACGUCCAAAGAAGAUAAUUAGCUUAGAAAAAGGUUUUGAGACGCACAAAAAAACACGGUAAAAACUGCGCUGAUUACUUGUGUUAACUUGGUAUUGACUGGCCAAUCGGUACUUGCAGUUGAUUUCCAAUUAGCUCGAGCAAAAACCUACUUUGUCAAAACUUGCUCUGUGUAUUUUUUCGAAAACGGCAAAUACCGUCUUUUAGUGUUUCAGUUUGCGGCCCUAUGCAGUGUCUGGAUACCAUAAACUCAUUUAAGCCUUGAUGCGACCUAAAGCGUUAUCGCUGAUGUAACAGCUUCCAGUUUUAAGAAAAGGACUUAUGUCGCCUGAAAACAUCAAGUCUGACCAGGUCGCAUUAUAUAUGUAUACGGUUAUAGAGCUCUAAUCCAAACAAUUCAGCACAAUAACGAUGAAGAUCUGAGCGUGCGCUUUCUGAAGUUUGUCUAACCUAGCCCGUUCCCCACUCAACAUUCUGGUGAUACUAACAACAACAUAAUAUUAUAAGAUUAUUAUAUAAUGUGUAUAAAUAACUAACUACAGCUUCUAAUAUUAUUAUUAUUUCAACUUUUACUCCUUUCCUGACUAAGUACAUCUAGUUAGCUUUCGGCUAUUAAUAAAUACCAAGGCUUGAAUAAUCAGCGAUACGGCUAUUUCUCUCCGAAACUGAAUAAUGAUCCAGACUGAUAACAAUGUGCCAUCCAUAUUAACCAAUUUGUAAGGCGGCAAAUUAUAAAUCAAAUGCUCAUCAUACAUGACCAUGCAAAAUACUUUUCAAUCCUGUAAUUUCUGCCAAGAAGCCAAAAUAUAUAUAACAGAGCGGAUUUAAUUCAGUAAUUAUCCACUGCCUAAUAAAUCUCGUUCAGUGUUCUAAAGCAACUGGACACUUAGAAAGGCAAAACAGGCUUAACGAGGUGACCCUUUUCGGUUACAUUUAUCUAUCAAAAAAUGAUGAGUAGCGCGAAAAACAUCCAUAGGAGUUCCUGGAAUCAUUCUGUAUAAUCAAAUUCUUCAAAUUCGGAUGGCCGAACUUCGACCGACAAUAAACCUAUUAUUGAAAUUAUUAAUUAAGUGUUUCGAGUGUUAAGUCCGAUACUAGCGUUAAGCGUUGCUUGAGACAUGCGAACAAAGUUAUUAAUGCUACUAGUGCUACUACGACAACCAAAACAAGGCAGCAAAACGAUGUAGGCUGUUUGACUAACAAGCCUGAGGUUAGGAAGGACGUAAGAAGGAACCCUGAGUUCAAACCGAAUCCAGUCCAUUCAUAACUGUGUAUAUUUAAUAGAAAGACGGGAAGGGAAAGAGAUCCAAUAAGUAACGCAUGUAAUAAAACAAAUGUGAAGCCAGAUGAUACGAUAACACUGUAAAAACGCAACUUGACAUUUACUACAUCAAUAUAUGUGAGCCAGGCAGAGGAAUGGCAGGAAGAAAAUUCUCAACACGCAUAUUUACAGGGACACGCAAACACACAUAUUCACACAUUCACACACACACUCGCGCAUACACACGCACACAUACACACACACACACACACAUAGUAAUAAACAGAAAUAGAAAACUGACUGAAAAAGCCAAAGGAACACCAAACUCAUUUAGGACACAUUGAAGCAUAAUUGAAGACUUGUAAAACCAAAAGACUGUGCUGGCAAACGGCAGUGACAACAUGCGAGAGGCUUGAGUGAGUCACCGGAAGAUGGCGAAAAGAUGUUGGGUGAGUUAUGAAUGACUUCAUGGCAUAACAGGACAAUAUGGGAAGGUAUCAAAAUAGGAUUUCACUAAGAAAUGCAAACGGCCGUCCUUUUCCUGCCGCCGCCUGAUCUACGUAUCGCAUAUUAAAUGGAAGGUACGGCAGGCAAUCACAAGAUUAUGCAUACCGUCAAACUAGAAAAUUGAAAAAAAAUCAUGCAUUAAAGAUGAGGAGUAGCAGCAAACAGUCACGAACGAAGACACACUAUUGUUGGAAAGGACAUAAGCGUGGCGACCGAAACAACGCGUCCCGUUGGCGAUCGAAAGAAACAGAAUUGAUGCGAGAGAGAAGAAAUAAAAAAGAAAGUGAGAUUUAUCUCACGAUAUUGCCGGUAUCGAUAAUGGGGAUGAUGACGAUGACGAUGGAAUAAAUAGAAACAACAACAACAACAAAUCUCA